AUGCCCUCUCCACCAAAGAAGAGGAUAGUAUUUACGGGCGGUUCUGGAGUCGCCGGACGUCAUGUAAUUGAGAAGUUGCUUAGCUUCGGCCAUGAGAUACUCAACGUGGAUGCGACACCUCUAGACAAUCCCAAUGUACAUACUUUGAAGGCCGAUCUUACAGACGGCGCGCAAGCUUUCAACAGCCUGUCUUGUCACUUCAAGAUCAGCGAACCCUUCAUGGAGCCAGUCAAAACACCGGAUGCCGUCGUACAUUUUGCUGGUAUCCCCCAACCCAUGCGCCUCCCCGACAACGAAACCUACCGCACCAACACCCUCAGCUCCUACAACAUCCUCGAAUCCGCCUGUAAGCUCGGCAUCCGCAAGAUAAUCCUCGCCUCCAGCCUCACCACCUAUGGCGUCACCUAUGCCGAAGGCUCCACAUCCUACGCCCACUUCCCUAUCACAGAGUCCACACCAACAACCCCCAUGGACGUCUACGCCACUAGUAAACUCUGCAUGGAAACUACCGCCGCGUCAUUCGCACGCCGGUUUCCUGGUGUAGAUAUUUACUGUUUGCGCAUCUCAGCUGUUAUCGAACCGGAGAAUCAUAUAAAGAAGUUUGAAGCAUAUUUAACCCGGCCACAGGAUUUCAAAGUGCAUGCGUGGAGUUAUACCGAUGCGAGGGAUUUGGGCAAUAUGGUACACUGUUGUUUACAGACGGAUGGGCUGGGGUACCAGGUUUUCAAUGCGGUGAAUGAUGACAUUACUAUCCCGGAGACGGAGGGCACGAGCGAGGAUUGGUUAAGGAAGGUUUGUCCCGAGACGGAGAUUCUGACAAGAAUGGGAGAGAAGGAGAGUCCGGUUUCUAAUAAGAAGAUGAAGGAUAUGUUAGGAUUUAGGGAGGAGUUUGGGUGGCGGCAGGUUUUGGGUAGAGAGGGGUAG